CCGCAGUUGUUGGUUGAAGCUUCCAGCCUUGUUCUCCCGUCACUCACCUCCCUGUCCAUGAGUGAUGUUCGGCUUCCAAGCCUUCCAGUGCUCCUUGAGACAUGUAACGUGCUUGAACCCAGUUCCCUUACUCUCUUGAAUAUUAGUAAUGUUUCAAUCCCUGAGUCCCUGUGCAAUCCAAGCAUAGAUGAUGAAGUGAUGUUGGCAAAUGCAAUGUCUAAGCAUCUGAGUUCAGUAACUUCCUUGAGCAUUGGGAAGAUUCAAAAACUUGCAUUAUUGCCAAAAUGGCUUACCCAGGGGCUUGAAGGACUCAAAGAAUUGAAGAUUGAUUGGUGUAAAGAACUCACAACACUGUGGCAGAAUGAGGCGGGACUACAACACAGUCUCCUUGCCUUGCAACGUUUGGAAAUUCGUUUUUGUCCGCAACUUGUUUCUUUGUUUGAAGAAGACGAGGAUGUAGAAAACGAAGGGCAACAUCAACAAGAGGGAGUGCCUUCCAUGGUGAGACUUGAGUAUCUACAUAUAUGGAAUUGUGAAAAGUUGGAGAAACUGCCACGGGGGCUACAUACCUUCACUUCUCUUCGAGAGAUGGAUAUCUGUGAGUGUCCAAGUCUGGUAUCUUUUUCAGAGACAGGCUUUCCGCCUAGCCUAAGAGAACUUCGGAUUUGGACAUGUAAGGCUCUGCGAUCCUUGCCUAGGUGGACAGCGCACGAUUCUAAUAUGGAGUUCUUGGGGAUAGAAGAGUGUGAUAAUCUGGAGUCCCUUCCAGAAGAAUGGGUCCACCACCCCGCAACAAAACUGACAAGAUCGAUGAUUAGAAAAUGCGAAAAACUAGAAUUGGUCCUCUUGCCAAACCCUAGUUUACGCAACAACAACAGCCCCCUCGCUCUGGGGAUAGAAAGUUGGCCUGCAAGAGGAGGAAUCGUCUCCUCCUACAUUCUAGAGAAAGGGAAUUUCCUCACCAACCUCACUUUUCUUAAAAUCGCGAAUAUGAAGAUUAGUAAGCGCCUAUCAAAGUGGGGUUUGCACAGAUUCUCCUCUCUUAUAACACUCUGGCUUGCAGGCCCAAGUAACGUAUCAGAAGAAGAAGAAAAAUGUUAUUCGGUGCCCAGUUUUCCAGUAGAUGGGAUGUUGCUGCCCACCUCUUUGAGGCGUCUGUUGAUUUCGAAUUUCCCAAAUCUGGAGAAGAUAUCUUCUUCUAUGGAGACCAUUCAAAACCUCACCCAUCUUUAUUUCAUAGAUUGCCCUAGGCUUGCAUCUUUUCCCGAGCAAGGAGGCCUGCCUCCAUCGCUUUUGAGACUUGAAAUCCGUGAAUGUCCAAUAAUGAAACGGCUGUGUGAAAAGGGGAAAGGCCAAUAUUGGCCCCUCACAGCUCCCAUUCCUGCAGUCUUCAUAGAAGGCAGAUUCAUCUUUGAAGUAGAGGAGGUAGAGGAAUAAACUGCAAUGUGAGCAAUCAAAACUA